AUGAAAAAUCCCCCAUUCUUAUCAGAUAUUGAUAGUUUCUGGAGACAGAUAUUAGAAAAUGAUAUGGAGCAUAACAGAAAUGCAGACUGGAUUAAAGGGUGUGAUAUUGACGGAGACUGUAGAAAUCAUAACAGGAAUCUUCCAAGUAGACUUUCUCACCGUUGCAGUUUUGUAUGUCUCUGUUCCCACUGUUCCCACAAGCUCGUUAUGCCAAACGAUUAUCAACUUAAAAAAGCGCUAACGAUAUUAAACAACUUCAGUUGUGAUAUACAAAUGAAAUUUAGAUUAGACAAGUGUGCUACUCUGAUUAUUAGAAGAGGUGCGGUGGUGCGAAGCAGUGGCAUAAAUGUUGAUCAGGAUAUCCGCUUUAGAGUUGUAGAUGCGGAAGAAACGUACAGAUAUUUUGGGAUGGAAGAAGCGGAAGGAGUGCAACAACAAAUGAUGAAGAAACAAUUUAAAAAAAAUACUAUUGUAAAAUUAAAUUAA